ACACACAACUGAACGGUAACGUAAAUUCAGAAGUGUAUUUAUCGCACGAGCAUGACGGCAUAUCUGCAGAGAUGACCGUAACCAAAUAGAAAAUGCGUUAUUAUGUGCUGUAGGGUCAGGCGGAAGACGGAAAGCUGAUGGCUGUGUGCCGUUAGCUCGCAUCAGCUCUCAUAGGCCACGUCGCCUGUGUGUGUUGAUGUGUUUGAUCUACUGACAGUGGCGUUGCAUGAAUGCAAACAAGGAAAAGCGAGAAGUCGCCAACUGUGCGGAAGGGACACGGAGGAAUCGUCAAAGAAGUUGUAUCACCAACUUCAGGACAACUCAAGGUUGCUGUAAGCCAAAUGGGGAAGAACAUAUCUUUUUAGAUAACUUGACAGAGCAGUGACUACAUCACUCGUAUUUUAACCUACGGCGCUCACACAAAUCCAGAGGUCGUAAUCUGUGCGCCUGCUCGAUUACGAUGAUCGGCUUCAGUGCGAAUCGACGUGGAGGUCGCCUCCCUUCCUUUAUCCUGAUCGUAUUAUUGGUGAUUAUCGUAAUUUUGUCGUUUAACUACUGGAGCGUGUCCACUAAGCACGGGCGGCUGCUGGACGAGCUGGCCGAGGUGCAGACGCAGGUGAAGCGCACGGACGCGGCGCGCUCCCGCCUGGAGAAGAGAAACUCCGAGUUGAUGAUGCAGGUGGACACGCACCGGAAACAGAUCGACCAGAAGGACGGAGACUAUAGCGUGCUGGAGAGCAAACUGCAGGCCAGGGAUACGCUGGUCAAAUCAUGCACCGAUGAAAAGAAUAAGCUGCAGAAUGAUGUCAGCGCCCAGAUGUCUGAGAUUCACAGACUGAAAGAACAGGUAAAAGAGUUGAGACAGGAGAUCAUCCGACAGGAAGACCAGCUGAGGGAAGUGCGGAAAAACAGCACCAAUCUGGAGAAGAAGCUGGAAUAUGAGAGCUUGCAGUGUGGCAGACAAAUCACAGAGCUGAAGGCAGAAUAUGAGGAGAGCAAGAAAAGAGUGGAAGAAGAGGCAGCAAAACUCAGACAGAGUUUAUUAGAGAAUCGUAAAGCAGAUGCAGGGGAUCGGCAGAUGGAGGUGGAUCUUGAUCAGUCCAACAAAAGAAAAGAGGACACCGCAGAGCGCCACACAGUGGCUGCACAGCGAAAUGAUGGCCCAGUUCCUAAAGAUGAUAUGGUUAAACCUGGUAGCGAUGCUGGCAUGCCUGGCAUUGAGGACAGUGAAGUGGGCAAGAUAGAAGAUGGACAGUUUGCCUUAAAGAAGCCAGCCAUCACGCCGCAAAAACACAUGGAGCCGGCGGAGGCUGCGGCACUGCUGAAGGAGGAGAGGGCAGGGUUUGGAGCUGGAGCCGGUGCCAGACCAGGGGAUGAUUUGGCCCAUGGGCAACCGCUGGACCGACCAGACAUACCCCAUGAUGAAAACCUGCGUUUGGGGAACCAUGACGUCCCUGUGCUGCAGCAGGUUCCAAAAGCAGUGGCUGACAACCCCAUGCUGUUUGACGAGGAUAAUAAAGCAGGCAUGAAGGCAGAUGAGUUUGGGGAGCAGCGCAGACAGCUGGGAGCUGAAGGCUUGAAGGCAGAGGGAGUUGUACUUCCUCCUCCUCCUAACCCGGCUCAGGUUCUUCCCAAACCCAUUGACCUGCACAAUGGCAGAGAACCUGUGCACGCUGACCCCCCGCGUCACCGUCAGAGCCGUUUCUUUGAUGAAAAUGAGUCCCCUGUAGAUCCGCAACACGGCAAUAAGCUAGCGGACUAUAACGGGGAUGAUGGCAACGUAGGUGAGUAUGAGGCGGACAAGCAGGCUGAGCUGGCCUACAAUGAGGAAGAGGAUGGUGAUGGUGGGGAGGAAGACGUCCAAGACGAUGAAGACCGGGAAGCUCCAGGUGAAAGGGCUGUGGAUUACGGAAAGCGACAUCAAGCCAUUGAUGUGCUGUAGUCCCGUCCCGUC